AACUAAUCGAAGCCAUUGGAAGUUUUUACCGAUCAUGGAUUCCACUUUACAUCCCAAGCAUAUUUUCUUCAUCUCUUAAUCUCCUAUUUAUUAUCAUUCCUUAAUUCAAACAUUACUAACUCACUCACUCACUCUCUAAUUGCCCACCCCCUCCCCUGUUUCUUCCCAUAGUUAAUAAUGUCUAAGGAUCUUGAUCCUGGUUUUCCCACCGGCGACUACUUCGAUCAUCCUCCGGCUCCCUUCUUCGACUCUGAAGAGCUCUUGCGGUGGUCCUUUUAUAGGGCUGUUAUUGCCGAGUUCAUUGCUACUCUUUUGUUUUUGUAUGUUGGAGUUCUUACUGUGAUCGGAAGCCAAAGUCAGGAUUCUGCCGCGGUAUGCGGCGGCGUUGGUGUUCAAGGUAUUGCUUGGGCGUUCGGCGGCACCAUCUUUGUUCUCGUUUACUGCACCGCCGGCAUUUCUGGAGGACAUAUAAAUCCAGCGGUAACAUUUGGUCUGUUCUUGGGUCGGAAAGUUUCAUUGGUUAGGGCUGUGUUGUACAUAAUGGCUCAGUGUUUAGGAGCCAUUUGUGGGUGUGGUCUAGUGAAAUCAUUAAAGAAGGCUAAUUUCAAUGCCUUUAGCGGUGGAGCCACCGAACUCGCCGACGGCUUUAGCCCUAGUGCUGGUCUUGCUGCUGAGAUCAUCGGAACCUUUGUUCUUGUAUACACUGUCUUCUCUGCUACCGAUCCCAAGAGAAAAGCUAGAGAUUCCCACGUUCCCGUUCUAGCGCCGCUCCCAAUUGGGUUUGCGGUGUUCGUGGUGAAUUUAGCGACGAUUCCGGUGACCGGCGCCGGCAUUAACCCAGCUCGAAGCUUCGGCUCAGCAGUGAUGUUCAACAACCACAAAGCUUGGGAUAACCAUUGGAUAUUCUGGGUUGGACCUUUCAUUGGAGCUGCAAUGGCUGCAACUUACCAUGAAUUUGUUUUGAGAGGAGGAGCAGCUAAGACCUUGAAAUCCUUCAAAACUUCCUCAGUUUAAUAAUUCUUCUUCCUUACACUUCAUGCAAAAUCCCCACUCUAACUUCCUUUUUCUUUUCCAAUGAAACAAAUAAUCUACCUCUCAUCUGAAAAUUUAGAAGAAGCAAUCUUUUGUAAUUGGGUAAUCUCUUUAAUUGCAAUCAAAAAAACCCUUUGAAAUUUGAAUGACCAAGUAUUAUUAAUAGGUUAAAAAAUCACUUCCAUGUCCCGAAACCUUUGUAGAUUAGUAACCAUUAAUGUGUGAGGAAUUGAGAGCUAAGUUUUCAAUAUUAUUCAGCUUAAGAUUGAGAA